AUGGAUUUGCCGAUUGUCGACCUGGACGUCUUCCGGACGCAGCCGGCCGACUCGGCGGCGGCGCAGGCGGAGUGCAGCAAGGCGGCGGAGGCGCUGAUCGCGUUUGGGGCGCUGGUGCUGCACGACUCGCGGGUGUCGGAAGCCGACAACGACGCCUUUCUCGACCUGCUGGAGGACUACUUUGCGCAGCCAGAGGCGACACUACGGCGGGACGAGCGGCCGGCACUGGGCUACCAGGUGGGUGUCACGCUGGAGAAUACGGAGACGCCCAAGUGCGCGGUCGACGAGCCGUGUCUGGACGUGAUCGCGCGACUGGCGCCCGAAGAGCGGCCGCUGGACAUUGCCGGCCACCAGCCAGAUCCCAAGUGCCGCUUCUUCUGGCGGGUAGUCGAGCCGACACCAUACCAGACGGCAUUUCCAGGACUCAACGCCGACAACGUGGUGCCGGACGCGGCGCUAUUUCGGGAGCGAUGGGAGCAGGUCAUGGGACGGUGGGGGGCGGCCAUGAAAGACGCAGUCUCGGGCGUUGCCUCUAUGGCUGCCGUCGGACUGGGGCUGCCACCAGAGACGUUUGCGGAUGCCGGCCGCUACGGCCCCCAUCUGCUGGCACCAACAGCGUCCGAUCUGCAAAAAUACGGCGCCCUCGACACGAUCCUGGCCGGCUUCCACACGGACCUCAACUUCCUCACGAUCCAUGGCCGCUCACGCUUUCCCGGGCUGCACAUCUGGGCGCGCAACACGGGCCGCCGCAUCGCCGUGUCCAUUCCGCCGGGUCGCCACCUGCUCGUGCAGGCCGGUAAGCAGCUCGAGCACCUCAGCGGCGGCCUGAUCAAGGCCGGCUACCACGAGGUCGUCGUCAACAACAAGACGCAGGCCGUCGUCGCCGCUCGCCGCGCCGCCCAGCCCGAUCGCCCGCUGAUUCGCAUCUCGUCGACCUUUUUCUGGCACCUCGCCUCCGACUGGGACCUGGCGCCGCUGCCAGCGCUGGCCGCCCGUGCCCGCGACGUUCGAACGCAAAAUGCCGCCCAGGGUCGCGACGAGGGCGCCGAGGUGUCAUACCCGCCCAUAAAGGUCGGACAACAGGUGCAGAAGAUCAUGGCGUCCUGGGACGACCUGCCGUUUGAGCUCAAGCGGCUCAUCUUCCGCGCGCUCGAAUAUUCCGUGCCCGAGCACGACGCCGCACACGUCAAGGGGCGGAGGAAGCGCGGCCCGGCUGGCCUGGCGCCGCUGGCCGCGGUGAACUCGCAAUGGCGCGACGCCAUCGAGGCCAUCACGUUCCAGGGCCUCAUCGUCAAGACCAGCGAGGUCAACGACUUUGAGGGCUACUUCCGCCAGAACCCGCGGCGCCAGGCAGCCCUGCGUCGCGUGUGUAUCCUGGUCGAGCUACCGCGCUAUGCGUCGCGGCUCAGCCGGGUGUGUGAGACCGAGGAGGAGCUCGACACCAACGACAGCAUCUUCUCCGACACGUUGUGGCACUUCUUCUCCGCCAUGAGCGCCUGGGACGCCGACGUGCUGCGCCAGCACUACAAGUCGCCUGGUGUCGCCCUCGAGAUCGUCGCUCGCUCCACUAGCGACAAGCCCGCCCUCUUCGGCGAGAAGGGCAUCUCGGACAGCGGCGAGUCGCGCUUCUUCGAGUCGCAGCUCGACCUCAACAUCGGCGCCAUGCACGAGCCCUACGGCCGCGUCGGCCUGCCCGAGGUCGCCGUCGUCACUACUUUUAGCAUCCUGCGGCGAAACCACCGCUGCAUGACGCCGCGGUCGCUGCUACACAUCUUGCACAGCCUGCCUCGCCUGACACCCAAAAAGCUCACCCUCUACCGCUUCUCCGAUGCCUUCAACAUGGACGAGCAGGUCUGGGGCCACGACGAGCGAUAUCCUUUUCUGGCCCGCCGUAUCGCCGAGUACAGCCCUCAUCUGGAAGAGCUCGCCGUCUCGGAUUUCAUCGAUGCCGACCACUUUUUCGAGCCGUUCUACACCCCCCAGCGCCGCCUCCACAUGCCUUACUGGCACAGCUUGCGGGUCCUCGCCCUCACGUCAACAUCCAUCUGCUCCGGUCGGCCGGAGGUGUCGAUACAUAAGCUGCUGCACGCUGCCGCCCUGGCGGCCCGACGCAUGCCCGUUCUGCGUCUGAUGGAGCUGUACAACGCCGAGCCCAACGAGGGCGGCGUGUUCCGGUAUCUGGUCCGAGACAGCUCGGCCUCCAUUGCCUGGGAGAGCUCAUGGGACUUUCGGAUACCGGACAACGUGCGGCAGGCUUGGGCGCCUGUCCCAUUGCACAGCCACCGGCUGGAGCUAGAAGUGCUGCCCGAGGAGACCCUGCCGCGCUACGUUGGCCCAGCCUGGUUUGUACACGCACGCCUCAUGUCGAGGCCGUAUCUGCUGAACCCGGCAUCAUCACGCGAGAUCGCAAAGGCGAACGAGCUGGACGACUUCGAAGAGAGCUACCGAGACCUCAGCGACGGCUUCACGCUGAACCGGCGCGAACGCGACGUUCCCCGACCGAGCCGGCGCGAACAGGAGAUCGAGGCCGUGAAGAACGGCCUGAAGUUCCUUGCCGACGAGCUCGAACGGCUGCAGAGCCUGGACGAGGAGGCCGACAGGAUGGACGAGGAAGCUGGUCUCUAUGACCACGUCUUCAAGUGUGAUACCGAUAUGAUAGACCGAGACAGCAACGACUCACGAGCCAGCAUCGAGAUCAUGUAUCAGGAUGACCCCGAUGCCGACGAGGACAGACGGGACGAGGACGACGAGGCAUGGGAGACGGAGUAG